AGGAAUAAAAAAAAUAAAACAAUGAAAAACACUUAUAAAAUUAUAUUAUUAUAAUAUACAACCGCUCUUCAAACAGUGUUAUUCACAUCACAUAUACACACACACACACACACACACACACACACAAAUAAAAACUGCUUCUUCUCGUCGUCAUCAUCAUCUCCAUAAAAGGUUUUCAAACGAGCAACAAAGGUUCGUUUGUUGUCUUGUGCUUGUCCUGCCCAAAAAGGGAGAGGAAAAAAAUUAAAAAAAAAACUCCUCAUCCUCCAUUUUUGUAGCUCUUAGCUGAGGAAGAGCAGGGCAAGCAUGAGAAACAAACUUAAUUCUCUGUUGGGAAGAACUUUCAAGACCAAUAAAUUCAAACCCGUUGUGAAUCUUGCUAUCUCUCGCCUUGCUGUUUUUAAAAACCAGCGUCAAGUCAGGUGUAAUCAGGCUCGCUCUGAUGUUGUCCAGCUGUUGCAACAAGGACACCAUGACCGUGCUCUUAUUCGUGUUGAGCAAGUGAUUAAGGAACAGAACAUGUUAGAUGUGUAUGUUAUGAUAGAGGGUUAUUGUAAUCUCUUGCUUGAAAGGUUUCAACUUAUUGAACAUGAAAGAGAAUGCCCUCUUGAGUUAGAGGAAGCAAUAUCAGGAAUCAUUUAUGCAUCUUCAAGAUGCGGGGAUUUCCCGGAGCUGCACGAGAUUCGUGGGGUUUUCGCAUCUCGUUACGGCAAAGAAUUCGCUGCUCGUGCCGUUGAAUUACGCAGUAAUUGUAGAGUCAAUCAUAAGAUGAUACAAAAACUCUCAACUAGGCAACCAAGCUUAGAGAGCAGAAUGAAGUUGCUCAAAGAAAUUGCUUCCGAGAAUAGCAUUGUUCUUCAACUUGAUUCAGAAGAGGAAAUAUUGGAUGUACACAAGAAUGAAAACCAACCGCCGCCAAAUCCAUCUACCAGUUUAGCUGGCUCCAAGUCACGGGAUAAUUUGCAUAACUUGUCGGAAGAGAUUAGAAAAGAAGAUGAGUUCUCGGAUUCCUUAAAGUCAAGGAAGAAAUACAAGGAUGUUGCAGAUGCAGCUCAAGCAGCUUUUGAGUCUGCAGCUUAUGCAGCAGCAGCUGCAAGAGCAGCAGUAGAACUCUCAAGAUCUGAUCCUCAUGAUCCUGAUAAUCAAGAUAGUCCCGCCAUACAACCAGGAGAGUUACCUAACAAACAUGAGCCUGUGGAAACAUCAUCUGAUUCAGAAAAUGAGGAAAUCCACAUUGAAAAUCAAGCUGAAGAGCUGAAGAAAUCAAUGCCUUCUUCAAGUGCAGAUGCCGCAAGAUAUUCAUUGGAAGCUGAAAGGUACGAUGAUCCAUUUGGGAAAGAUUUAGUUUUCGAUGAGAGUGACAAUGAGACUGAAAAUGAGCAAAACAGCAUGCCCCCACCUCAUAAGCAAAUUCCUUCAAGAUUUCAAGCUGGUCUAAAGAUAGGAUCAGGUCCUCAGCACUCUACAGGACAUGAUACUGCAGGAUCUGGGAUUCAAAAUGCACCACGUUUAAAUCUUGAGAAGAAGCCAUUUUCUGUGAGGACUCGACAUCUGCGUGGGUACUGAGAAUUUUGAAUAUAUUUAUUUAAUCCGCUUAUAUGAGUAUUAUUUGAUGUGCAAAAAACAUAAGUUGGUUUUUUUUUUUUUUUUUUUUUUUUUUUUUUUUUUUUUUUAAUGAUUUUGGACAUCAAAUAACAUUUGUUGAUUGAUACAAUGAACAUGAUUUUGGACAUCUUAUAACAUAUGUUGAUUGAUACAAUGAAUAUGCUUUGCUAUAUUUGGGAAUGUAACCUACCUUGGGGUUUUAUAAUUGAGUUGAAAUUUUUGCAAAAA